AUGGGUUCGAUGCUGAGGAGUGACAAAAUGGCAUUGUGCGAUAUAUAUUUGCAGCCGGAAGCCGCUUUCGAAAUUUUAUCGCAACUCGGCGAAGUUGGAUGUGUCCAGUUUUUAGACAUGAAUCCCGAUGUGCAGGCUUUCCAAAGGAACUACAUAACGGAGGUGUGCCGUUGUGCCGAAAUGGAACGCAAACUGCGCUACGUAGAAGCUGAGCUGUUAAAGGAUAAUAUUUAUGUACCAGACAGCGUUCAGGAACCAAAAGCGUUGCAACCAAACGAGAUGAUCGCUUACGAGAAUAUUCUUGAGAAGUGGAAGAACGACAUUACCGUGAUGUCAGAAAAUCACACGAAGCUGAAUAAGAGCUAUCUAGAAUUAAACGAAAUGCUUUACGUUUUAAGCCAAAUUGGUCCUCUCUUAGGCGACAACGACAUGCGACGCGAUUCAAAAUUUCCGAAUUUGAGAGGAGCUGAUAUUCUACCCGGUGGUCAUCUCAUCGUCAUGCCGGGGGUCGUCCGUCGCAGCAAGAGUUACCACUUUGAAAUGAUGCUAUGGAGGGUAUCGAGAGGAAACAUUUACUAUCGACAAGCUACAGAAGAUAAAAUACUCAAAGACCCGUUCACUGGCAUGGAAAUUAGGAAAGUGGCAUUCUUAGCCGUCUGCCAGGGCGAAGAGCUUAGCACGAGAAUGGAAAAAAUAUUUAGUGGCUUCCGGGUGAACUCAUACCCGUGCCCGGAAUCUGCUAAGGAGCGACUAGAAAUGAUAAGUCAGCUAGAAACGAGGAUGAGCGAUUUAGAAGAGAUUUUGAGUAAAUCAAAGUACAUUCGCUGCAAAACCUUACGGACUGUCGGCAAGCAAUGGCAGAACGGAAUUGUACAAGUGAAAAAAGCCAAGGCGAUUUAUCAUACCAUGAACCUUUUCUCCUUGGACAUUACAAAGAAAUGUCUAAUUGGCCAAUGCUGGAUACCGGAACGCGAUCUCAUGAGAGUUCAAGACAUUUUAGUGGAAUGCUCGGAAACGAUCGGUACAAAUGUGCCCUCAUUUAUAUCUAAAACUACGUUUUCAAUGUCGCCGCCCACGUUCAAUCGUACGAACAAAUACACGCACGGCUUUCAAGUUCUGAUCAAUGCUUACGGCGAUUCUAUGUACAGGGAACUGAAUCCAGCUCUUUAUACAAUAAUAUCUUUCCCGUUUUUGUUUGCUUUGAUGUUCGGUGAUAUGGGACACGCUUUAAUAUUAUUGUCGUUUUCUACUUGGAUGGUUAAAAACGAGGAAAAAUUCAUAGCCAUGAAAAGUAGAAAUGAGAUUUGGAACAUUAUAUUUGGAGGUCGCUAUAUCAUUUUAUUGAUGGGCAUGUUCAGUUUUUUUUCCGGUGUUGUGUACAACGAUUGUUUCGGCAGGUCGAUAGUACCAAUGCCGUCUUAUUGGGUGAAUACCUUCUCUUCAGAAGCCCUAGCUAAACAAAGUGUCCUCAAUUUAGACCCGAAAGGGAAAACGAGAAAUCUUUAUUUAUUGGGCGUUGACCCUGUCUGGGGCGUCGCAAAGAAUAACAUAAUAUAUGAAAAUUCUAUUAAAAUGAAGUUUUCUAUAAUUGUCGGAGUCCUUCAUAUGAUAUUCGGUUUAAAUUUGAGCGUUGUAAACCAUUGGUACUUGAAUCGCCGUUACUUAAUAGUUUUUCAAUUUAUACCUGAAAUUGUAUUUUUAACCUGCAUUUUCAUGUGGCUGGUACUGCUGAUGUUUUUCAAGUGGUUUAUGUAUAGUGGUAAAAUAAGUGGCAAGCGAGGUGCAAAUUGUGCUCCUCAAAUUCUGAUAUUAUUCAUUGAUAUGUUCCUAUGGACUAAAACUAAACCGGUGGGCGCGAACUGCGACGCGUACAUGUUCAACAAACAAGAAUUAGUUCAGAAGAUACUGAUGAUUAUAGCCAUAUCGUGUAUACCUUUACUUUUAUUGGGAACACCUGUGUAUUUGUACUGUACUAACAAAAAGAAAACACAAAAGCCUGAUGUCAAAGUGAGUGAUUUCAGAAGAUAUCAGAGAAGAGACUCUGAUGAAGAAAGGAAGGAACCUAAGAAAACCAGCGAAAAAGAGCACGACAGUUCUUCAUUUGGGGAUUUAAUGAUUCAUCAAGCAGUACACACAAUAGAGUUUGUCCUCAGUACAAUAUCACAUACAGCUUCGUAUUUGAGACUAUGGGCAUUAUCUUUGGCGCAUGUUGAAUUAUCAGAAAUGUUAUGGAAUAUGGUACUAUCGAAACUAGCCUUACGGGACUACUCGAUGUUCGGUGCCAUCAAAGUAUUUAUCAUAUUCAGCGUUUGGGUCAUGUUCACUAUCUCCAUUUUGGUGGUAAUGGAGGGGCUAUCUGCUUUCCUUCACACUUUAAGAUUGCAUUGGGUCGAGUUUAUGAGCAAAUUCUACAUUGGAGGUGGAUAUCCGUUCCGACCUUUUAGUUUUGAAAACAUAUUGACAGCUGAAACGGAAAAAUCAAAAGGAGAAAAGGGGGGGGCUACACAUGACAACAGCAACAAUGUUUAA